ACAAGCUUUAUCUGACACUUGAUGUUUUAAGUUAGCUGACAAGUCAAAACUGUGUUUCUGUGUUAGAACUAAGAAGUGCAAAAGUUUGGACACCCCUGCCUUAAGGGUACCGAGCUCUAUUUAGGGUUAAAACUUGUGACUGAGAUGAGUUCAUGAGUCUUCGGGGGGCAUACAGUUUCACAACAAGUCUAAGAAGAUGCCCAAAGCUCUGCAUCAUGGCCUACCAGGCUGGGUUUCCAGAUGACCCCAGUGCUUUGGUUCACAACAUCAGCUCCAACAUCCAGAAGCUGACGCUGCUGACCUCAGAGCUGCAGAGGGCAGUUUCUCUGCUGGGAACCGAGCAGGACAGAAGCCAGCUACCACAGACGCUGCAACAGAAACAACAGCAAGGUAACCAGAUAGCGAAGGAGACCGACAGACUAAUCAAAGCGUUCAGUGCACUUCCUGUUGGUCCCGAUCAGCGUCAGAGGAAGAUACAGAAAGAACGUCUGGUGAAUGACUUCACCACCGCGCUGAACAACUAGAAGACUCAGCGGCAGGCGGCCGACAAGGAGAGAGACUCUGUGGCCAGAGUCAGAGCGAGCUCCAGGGUGUCGGGAGGACAGCCUGAUGACGGCUUUGGAAAUAUGCCUCCUUUCCUUAGUGAUUCCCAGUUACAAGCUCAGGCUGAGGCCAUCACUGAAGACGACCUGAGGCUGAUCCAGGAGAGAGAGUCGUCCAUCAGGCAGUUGGAGUCGGACAUCACAGAUAUCAAUGACAUCUUCAAGGACCUGGGGAUGAUGGUCCAUGAGCAGGGAGACAUGAUCGACAGUAUAGAAGCCAAUGUGGAGAAUGCAGAUGUGAAUGUCCAGAACGCCACCCAGCAGCUUGCACGUGCUUCAGCCUACCAGCGGAGCUCCCGGAAGAAGAUAUGCAUCCUGAUGAUAGUGUUGGCUGUAGUUGCUGUUGUUAUUGGACUCAUCAUCUGGGGCGCUGUCAAACAAUGAGGAAGAAGCCCCAUCCAUCCUCUUCCUCUUCAUCCUCCUCCUUUUCUCACCCCCCUCACGAGGGCAGUCAUUGGGACUGUCUGUCUUUCUUUGACUUGAUUAUAUUUUUAAGAUACUGCACAAUCCUUCACUGUGAAAACAUAAAAUUAGCGCUGGAAGCUUUAUUAUUCUAAUCGGCUUUAUUUGAAUUUGCUUGUGUUGGAUUUAGGCAUGACUUACUUUAAGGGGAACGCUUAAAAGUUGUAUUCCUCCUCUGAUUGAAUGUUGCUGGGUUCAGAGGCAGCCAUGUUUGCUCCACUAGCCCUGAAUGUUAAAUAAGAUACAAUACAGACAAUGCUUCUAGCUGCAAUGAAGCAGCACGUUGAUAUAUUGCUGCAGCUGCUUUCUUUUGUCAGAUAGGAAACCAGUUGUGCUAAAUGUUACUCAGCAAUCAAACUAUGACUCAAGUGCACUUAAUACAAAUUUGUGAGUAAAGAAAAGCCAGACGUGGUCCAUAGCACAAUGAAGCUGCAUUCAGUAUGUAAUGUAGUGCUCUGAGGGACAAUUCUCUCUUUCUAAUCUAUCCUGUAUUUUAAGUUAUCAUAAAUUACAAUCAAGAGUUCCAUUCUAUUCAAAUGUGUGUAGUUAUGUUUUGAUGAUCAGUCAAUAAGAAUGUGAUUGUGAUUAGUACCUUAUAUUACACUCCACUGUAAGCCAGUCAUUCCAAGUCACUAGGAGAUGGUGUUGUUACUGUUAGUAGGUGGUUGCCUUUGUUUUUAAAAGUGCAUAUUAAAGAGAUUGCACAAACUCAAGCACAAAAUGUUGUUAUUCUGUUGAACUACAUGUCACAUCACACACAAAAAAGAAUGUAAGUGCAACAUGUAAACGUUCAAAUUGUGUUUGUUUCAAUCUACAGAAAUGAGGUUAUGCUUCUGUUAAAGGCCCUGCACAACACACAGGUGUUUCCAAUCAUCCAGCUGAUUAGACCCGGUUACAGGUUGAAGGUGGGCCAAAGCUACGUCAAUCAAUCAUAGUCCAGAGGGGAGGUCUAAUCAGCCAAAUUAAGUGAAAACACCUGUGUGGGGGCUUUGCUCAUAGAAAAGUACUGACAGUCAAUUAGCAUUCUUCUCUGUGACUCACAACCUACAGUAACUGUCUUUAGCCCUGAUGUGAAGAAACCACAUUUGUUGUAACCCAAACUAAAGUAAGUGAAAGCAACAUGUAAAAUUAUGAUCACAUGUAUAUUUUUUUAAUAUUGAGAAUUAGCUGCCUACUAUGUGUCAAUAAGUUACCUGAAUAUACUGAACCUGAAAUGAGCAGUGUUAUUUUAACUGUAAUUCUGUUAUUCUUAAAUAAAAUUCUGAUACGCCA